GUCUCCCGUGCAUCUGCGUCUCCUGGGGCCCCAGCCCCGUCAGGGCUGCCGACCGGAGUGUGACAGGCCUAGGAGAGACUGCGCUGGGCCAGGGGCUGCCACCUGUUUGAACCGUGGCCCUGACGGAAGCUCACUGCACAUCGCAGUUCGGGAUGCAGCCAGACGAGGGAACGGGAAGUUUCACGAAGCCGUACUUGCGCCUCGCAUGCUGUGCGCUCGGUGUUCUCUCGUCUCUUCAGUUACAUUUUUCUAAACAGUGUUCGAGACCCAAGUAAACGAUUUGGGGAUCCCGGGCUGCGACGUGCAGUUUGAGAAAACAUUGCUCAGUUUAGUGGGUCCCCGUCAGCAUUUGCCUAACAUGAGAUAGAAGUGAAAAUAAGGUGUAUAAUGAAUCCAAGUAUGAAGCAGAAACAAGAAGAAAUCAAAGAGAAUGUAAAGAAUAGUCCUGUGCCAAGAAGAACUCUGAAGAUGAUUCAGCCUUCAGCAGCUGGAUCACUUGUUGGAAGAGAGAAUGAGUUGGUUAAAGCCUUGUCCAAAAGGAAACAUUGGAACGACCAGUUAACAUCUAAGGCUUCCAGCUCUGGAGUUGUUUUUGUCCCAGAACAUAGUGAAAAUAAAAAUUUUAGUGAAGUUACUCAAGAAGCGUUUGAUCUUAUGAUUGCAGAAAAUCCAUCCUCUCAAUAUUGGAAAGAAGUGGCAGAAAAACGGAGGAAGGCGCUCUAUGAAGCACUUAAGGAAAAUGAGAAACUUCACAAAGAAAUUGAACAAAAGGACAGUGAAAUUGCCCGCCUGAAGAAGGAAAACAAAGAACUGGCAGAGGUAGCAGAGCAUGUGCAGUAUAUGGCAGAGGUGAUAGAGAGACUGCAUGAGGAACCUCUGGGUAACUCUGAAUCACCAAACAGUCAGGAGUGUGACUCGGAAGAGGAAACCGGUGAGGACUCGGACGUGGAAGCCCCAGAUGUUGGUACGUGUGCUGAAGAUGCUGUGUCUUCCUCGAGAGAUGCAAAACCAUGUGUGUGAAAGUCACGCUUGUCUGACUUGAGAAACUUACUGCCAGAGUUUACCUCCACUAGAGCUCUUUGUAGCAGAGCAAACAACUGUACUGCGGAGUUGGAAUCAGACCUCCUUGUUUGAAUCCUGGGACCCCCGUUGCAUUAAAAUACAAAUACUAUGUAUUUUUAAUCUGUGAUGUUUUAUGUAAAUAGCAUUUUCUCAGUGGUCAAACAUGACUUGUGUAUAUGAUAAAUAAACUUCAGUCUCUUGUUGA